AUGAAUCAUAGAGCACCCUUGGAGAGUCAGAUACUGACCUUGCAAGUCGGUCCCUAUUCAAACUUCAUUGCAUCACAUUACUGGAACAUACAGAAUGAUAACUAUCAAUAUAGUAUAAAGAAUAACUCAAAGUUUGAAGUCAAUCCAUCUAUAUUGUAUAGAGGUGGAAGUGGCGAGACUGCCAAUGAUUCACAGACUUAUACACCGAGAGUGUUGGUUGUGGACUAUGCCGACAACUUUGGUGCGAUGAGUAGAGAGGGUAGGAUAUAUAGACCAAAGAUGUCGGCUGCAGGCCUGCCCGCGACAACUGCCGUGUCUGAGGACUUGGGUGAGCGAGUGACACAGCACAUUUCAAAGCCAGCUGGAUCGCCCAUCUCAUUCGACUCGGAUAAAGACCAUCGUCUGGACGACUUUGAAUACUGGUCCGACUAUCUCCAGACCGACUACCACACCAACAGCAUCGUCCCGCUCACCCAAACCAACCAGAACAACAGUAUAAGUGGCAAGCUCUACGACGAUGGCUACGACCUAUUCUUUGACAACGUGGAGAUCGUUGAUACGUAUCAAGACAACAUGAGACGACUGGUGGAGGAGUGUGAUCAUCUUGGUGGAUUCCAAUGCUUUAGUGAUGUCGAUGGAAUAUGGGGUGGAGUCAGUACGGCAUUGUUGCAACAUAUUGAAGACGAGUAUACAUCGCGUCCAAUCAUCACAUUUGGUUGUACACAACACUCAACUAGUAUUGCCGAUCAGGUCGAAGCAUCCAUUGAUGAGCGAGUCUACAAUGUAUCCAAGUCCAUCAAGUCCCUGGCUCAAUACAGCAGCCUCUACACCCCGCUCACAGCUCAACGAUGGUCUGGCGUCACAACAACAUCAUUCAAUCGACUAAAGAUGAACAACAAGUUCCAGACAUCAGCGAUAUUGGCAUCAUCAAUCGACACUGGAACAUUGUACUAUCGAUCCAACUUUAAUCAUAGUAUUGCCGAUCUGUGUAGACAUAUGUCGUUGGGUGGACCUCGCAACCUAUGUACAUUGUCCUCCUCCUUCCCAGGUUCGAUCGCCGAAUUCUCCUUUGCGGCGCGUCCACUCUACACCGCCAACCAACAGAACACCACCAACACCUCUGCACAGCCACUGCACUCCCAUCCACUCAUGAACUACCUCUCGCCAAAGAUUAUCAAUAAGUCCUUCAGUCCAUUCACCGAGGUGAUAUCAAUGAGAGGUGAGGUGUGUCCAGGUGUGUCUGGAUAUGAUCAAGUCAAAGAAGUGUUGGAGCAGUACAUGAGUGAUUCAAACCGUGGCAAUGAAUACCAUUCCAGGGCCAUCAACUCAAUGAUCUGUAACAUCAGCCAGCCAUUCAUUGUUGACAAACCUCAUUCAUUCCCAGCAUAUCGAUCAACAUCAACCAAUCAAUCAUCCAACAGUAACAACAACAUGGAACAACAACAACAACAACAUUAUGAUCCAACUCCAACAUCGAUAUUGGCACAUUUACAGAAUGGUAGAUUGGUACAACAGUAUGUCAAGACAUUGGCGAUGGAGUUCAAAGAGUUGAUCCAACAGAGGAGAGUACAUCGCAACAACAAUACGUCAGACGAAGCGGAUCCCAAUAGCGCCACACUAGAGCAUCUGCUCAACAUUUCCGACGCCUAUUCCACUUCCGACUAA